AUGCGUCGACUCCUUAAAGCUCCCCAGCACGCGCUCUUCUCCCUCGCACUCCGCUCGCUCUCGGCCGCUGCCUCCGCCGCGGCCGACCUCUCCUCCCUCCUCGCCUACGCCUCGGCCAACCCCGCUCUCGUCGCCGCCCCGCAGCGCGGCGCCCUAGCCGACUGCGCCGAACUCCACGCCGCCACCAUCUCCUCCCUCUCCCUCUCCGCCGCCCUCCUCAGCGGCGGCGCCGCGUCAGCGCUCCCCACCGGGCGCGCCCACCUCGCCGCCGCGCUCGCCAACCGCGCCACCUGCCUCGACGGCCUCGCUGGCGCCCGCGGCCCCCUGGCCCCUGUCCUCGCUGACGCCUUCUCCUCCGCCUACGCCCUCGUCGCCAACUCCCUCGCCCUCCUCCCCCGCACCACCCCCGCCGCCGCAGCACCGCACCAAAGUAGUUUUCCAAAGUGGCUCCUGCGGUGCGACUGGAGGCUACUAUUGCAGAGCGGCGGCCACGAUGACAACGGCAACAACAACAACAAUGAUGACAGUGAUUACAAGGUGAUCACCGUGGCGAAGGAUGGGACCGGGAACUUUUCGACGAUAGCGAACGCCAUCGCCUUCGCGCCGAACAACAGCAAGGAGCGGGUGAUCAUAUCGGUGGCUGCCGGGGUGUACGAGGAGAACGUCGAGGUCGCGAGCUACAAGCCGAAUAUAAUGCUAAUCGGGGCCGGAGACAGCACGACGGUGAUCUCCGGGAAGAGGAGCGCUAGCGAAAACUGGACCACCUUCAGAUCAGCCACCUUAGCGGUUUCUGGGCAAGGCUUCUUAGCACGCGACAUGACCUUUCGGAACACAGCUGGGCCAGCAAAGGGCCAGGCCGUGGCCCUCCGAGUGAACGCCGACCUCGUCGCCGUCUACCAUUGCGUCAUCGAAGGGUAUCAAGACACGCUCUAUGUCCACUCGGGCCGUCAGUUCUACCGCGAGUGUGAUAUUUACGGUACCAUCGACUUUAUAUUCGGAGAUGCGGCGGUCGUCUUUCAGGGCUGCAGGAUCAUUGUCCGAAAGCCCAUCCCGGGCCAGUCGAAUGUCAUCACGGCCCAAUCGCGGGAAGAUCCGCAUCGCGACACCGGGAUCUCGAUUCAGAAUUGUUCGAUCGUCGCAUCAGAUGAGCUACGUUCUAGCAAUUUGAGCGUCAAAACCUAUCUCGGGAGGCCGUGGAAGCCGUAUUCGAGGACGGUGUACAUCAAAUCGUACAUGGAUGACAUCGUGGACCCGGCGGGGUGGACCGAGUGGCCUGGGAGCCAGAUCCUGGAUAAGUUGUACUACGGCGAAUACAAGAAUAGAGGCCCAGGCUCAAGGGUGGGUGCCCGGGUCACUUGGCCUGGUCAUCAUGUGAUGGACUACCGCGAUGCCACGAAUUUUUCCGUUUCGAAUUUCAUACGCGACGACGAGUGGCUGAAUUCGACAUCCUUUCCGUAUGAUAAAAAUAUUUGA